CUGUUAUCAUUCAGGGAUGUGUCUGUGGACCUCUCACAGGAGGAAUGGGAAUGUCUAGACUGUGCUCAGAGGGCUUUGUACAUGGAUGUGAUGCUGGAGAAUUACGGCAAUCUACUUUUUGUGGAGAACCAUCGCAUAUGUGGUAAACGUGAGAAACUCUUCCACCAAGGCACAAACUAUUGUAUCCAUGAUCAUGAAAAUAUUCAAGAGAAGACUAAUACAUGUAAUGAGCCUGGCAAAGUGGUUCAUGAAUUCGGCCAAUGUACACCUUAUGAUAUAAGUGAUACUGCUGAAAAUUACAACAAGUGCAUAUUUCAUAGCUACAGAAGUGCCUCUGAUGAAACCUUAAACCUCAACAGACACAAAAUUCGGAAUGCUGGGGAAGAACUUUGCAAAUUUAAAGACAGUGGAAACUGUUUGUAUUUGUGUUCCAUCAUUGGCCAAAAUCAAAGAACACAGUCACGAAACGAAGACUACAAAACUACAGAAUAUGAAACAUCUCUUGAGUCUAAUGCAGAAAUCAAAGUGAAAGAAAUUGAUUGCAGAAAGCAUCCACAUCAAUGCAUGCAAUGUGGAAACCUUUUCAAGACUCACUCAAGCCUUAUGCAUCAGAGAUCCCAUACUAGAGAGAAACCCUGUAAGUGUACAAAAUGUAAUAAAGCAUUCCUGCAUUUUUCACAACUCAAUGUACAUUACAAAAUCCAUUGUAGAGAAAAUCCCUACAAAUGUACAGAAUGUGGUAAGUGCUUUUAUUGUUUAUCAAAGUUUCAAAGACAUUUCAGGAUCCACACAAGACAGAAACCUUAUAAAUAUAAUGAAUGUAACAAAUCCUUAAUCAUGAAAGGCAGUCUUAGAACUCAUCAGAGAAUCCCCAGAGGAGAGAAACCUUACAAAUGUACUGAAUGUGAAAUAAUCUUAUCCACAAAAGGCAUGCUUAGAACUCAUCAGAGAAUCCACACAGGAGAGAAACCUUUCAAAUGUACUGAAUGUGAAAUAUCCUUUUCCACAAAAGGCAGGCUUAGAACUCAUGAGAGAAUCCACACAGGAGAGAAACCUUUCAAAUGUAGUGAAUGUGAUAAAUCAUUUUCCAGGAAAGACCAUCUUAGAAAUCAUCAGAGCAUCCACACAGUAGAGAAACCUUACAAAUGUAGUGAAUGUGAAAAAUUUUUAACCACAAAACGCAGGCUUAGAACUCAUCAGAGAAUCCACACAGGAGAGAAACCUUACAAAUGUAGUCAAUGUGACAAAUCAUUUUCCAGGAAAGACUCUCAUAGAAAUCAUCAAAGAAUCCACACAGUAGAGAAACCUUACCAAUGUAGUGAAUGUGACAAAUCCUUUACCACAAAAGGCAGGCUUAGAACUCAUCAGAGAAUCCACACAGGAGAGAAACCUUACAAAUGUAGUGAAUGUGACCAGUCUUUUUCCAGGAAAGACCAUCUUAGAAAUCAUCAGAGAAUCCACACAAGAGAGAAACUUUACAAAUUCAGUGAAAGUGACAACUAUUCUACCCAGAAAUCCCAUCUUACAGCUCAUCAGAAAGUCCACACAGGAGAGAAACUUUCCAAAUAUAGUGAGUGUUACUGAUCCUUAACCACAAAACGAACUCUUAGAGCUCAUCAGAGAAUCUGCACAGGAGAGAAACUAUCUAAAUGUGGUGAAUGUGACAAGUCUUUAACCACAAAACACAGUCUUAGAAUCCACACAGGAGAGAAACCUUACAAAUGUAGUGAACGUGACAAAUCCUUUUACAGGACAUAGGAACUGAAAAUUCAUUGGAGAAUCCACACAGGAGAGUACCAUUACAAAUUGGGAAUGUAACAAAUCAUUUACCAGAAAAGGCCAUCUUAGAACUCAUCAGAGAAUACAUAUGUUAGAUAAAAUUUAGAAAUGUAGCAAGCUUGCAAAAUACUUUACUGUUACUUCUAAAUCUUAGAAUAUGUUCUGGAAU